AGAGCUGAGACUUUGCAAGCAUGGAUGUGGUGUCACCGGAGCUCAACAGCCUCCUUCCUGAUGAGAUCAUGGACACUGAGGCCAUCGAGGACAUGCCUCACUCCCAACCCGACAGCGCCACGGUUCAGCCAGAGCCCGGCGAUGACGCAUCGGUCCCGAUGGAAACGGAUACGCCCGUGGCUUCAGAAAAUCUGAGCCUCUGUUCGGACGCUUCUUCAACGGCACACACUCGCGCUCUGACCACAUCCGCUGCCACGGACUCGACGUUCAGCGUCAGCUCCGGAAGUCAGCUUCCCAUCUCAGUUUCCAGCACAUCGUCGCCCCUUCUUACCCUCAAACCCUCCAUGGUUACUUCCACAGCCACCACCAAAACUACAGAUAGCGUUACUGGGACUACUGUGUCUACCAGUGGGCUGCAGAGGCUCACGACUCCGUUCACCAUGUCUGCCGCAAACCACCAGAUCAUUCUCAACAAGGUGGCCUCAUCUCAAGCCACAGAAGCAGCAAAGUCUGCAGGUACUCUGCCCCAGGUCAUCAAGCAGGAGGGGCAGAAACUUUUGGUCACAGCGAUAGGAAAGUCGGGGCAGCCUAUAGUGCUGCAGUUACCCCACACAGGCAGCAAACCUGGCGUUUCACAGACUGCAGGAGAGCUCAAAUCUCCAGCUCCACAGUUUAAAGUGGUGACUAUAGGUGGGAGGUCGGAGCUGAAGCCGGUGGUGGGCAGCGCUGGCAACCAGGUGACCACAUUACAGGCCCAGCAGCUGAAGGCCGUGCAGUUUGCUAAGAAAACACCAACAUCCUCAGCUGCACCAAUCAAGUUCAUCAUCGCAAAACCUGUUAACAGCAAAGGUCUGAGUCCUCAGACAUCAGUAUCUCCUGUUAUUGCCGGACGGGUCCUGACGCAGAAUUCCCCAGUGAUGCCCCCGAGGACCAUUACCAUCUCCGAGCCACACAACACAAGUAUACAAAGUAUCCCCGGCAAAAAGAUCGCUAUUUCACCUCUUAAAACUCCCAGCAAGGUGACUGUGGUGUCUGUGGCCUCCCCGACCUCCAGCGCCUCUCAGAAGUCAGUGGCGCUGCCCGUCAAUGUAGCUCUUGGCCAGCAGAUCCUCACAGUCCAGCAGUCCACGUCUGCAUCUCCGGUCAAGGUGGCCGCCAGCCAAGCCACGACACAGAAUAUUAAACCAGUGCAGUCUGUGGCCGUGGGAGGAGUCGGCGGCUCCCAGUUCAAGACCAUCAUCCCACUGGCCACGCAGCCGAACGUGCAGCAGAUUCAGGUGCCAGGAAGCCGGUUCCACUACGUCCGCCUCGUCACAGCAACCACAGCUAGCAGCACGGGGCAGCCCAGCGGUCCCAGCACGAGCUCUAUACAGACAGCUAAACCGAUGGUGGUGAGUACAGGAGCAGUCAGGAUGUCUGUCCCGAUCGUCCAAGCACAGACCAUCAAGCAGGUGGCGCCUAAGCCCUUGACGUCAGCAGUAGUAACCACCACUCAGACCCAGCAACGCCUGAUAAUGCCUGCAACCCCUCUACCCCAGAUCCAGCCCAACUUCACCAACCUCCCUCCAGGCACCGUUCUGGCACCAGCUCCAGGAGGCGGGAACGUGGGCUAUGCAGUCGUGCCAGCACAAUAUGUCACACAGCUCCAGCAGUCACCGUUUGUGACCCUCGCCAGCAGCUCUAAUUUCCCCACGUCCACUGGUAUCCAGACUCAGGCCAGAUUGCCACACAAUGGCUUGUCAACAGCAGAAGCAACGUCAAGACCAAGAAAACCAUGCAACUGCACCAAGUCGCAGUGUCUCAAACUAUACUGUGACUGCUUUGCAAACGGAGAGUUCUGCAAUAACUGUAACUGCAAUAACUGCUUCAAUAACCUGGAACAUGAAACAGAACGUCUCAAAGCUAUAAAGACGUGUCUCGACCGGAACCCAGAGGCCUUCAAACCUAAAAUUGGCAAAGGCAAAGAAGGAGAGUCGGACCGCAGACACAGCAAAGGCUGCAACUGCAAACGAUCGGGCUGCCUGAAGAACUACUGCGAGUGCUACGAGGCGAAGAUCAUGUGCUCGUCCAUUUGUAAGUGUGUUGGCUGCAAAAACUUUGAGGAGAGCCCAGAGAGGAAGACCCUGAUGCACCUGGCGGAUGCAGCAGAAGUGAGAGUACAGCAGCAGACUGCAGCGAAGACCAAGCUGUCCUCACAGAUCUCAGACCUGCUCAUGCGGACGACACCUGUUAUUUCAAGUGGAGGCGGGAGGCUGCCGUAUACGUUCGUAACAAAGGAGGUGCUUGAAGCGACGUGCGAGUGUCUGCUGGAACAGGCCAAAAAGGCAGAACAGACUCAUCAGCCUCAGGCCGAAACGGAGAGAUUGAUCCUGGAGGAGUUCGGACACUGCCUCAUGAGGAUAAUCAGCUCCGCGGGGAAAGCCAAAGCAGACUGUGCCUCCAUCAACUGCUAGGCCAGGAACUGUGGCUCUCCCCGCCCUCUAACCCGCCCCCAGCUGUGGGGGGGCCCGAGAGGCACGGACGACUCUGCGCUGUUUCUCGGACCCCUGUGGGGGUUUUCUCUCCUGCAGGGAAACAGGUUGUCUCCAACAUCAAAAGGCAGAACAAUGGCCUGAAAGUCGAUUCCCCUGCCCUGGGCAAGCUAAGGCCAGCUGGAAUAAUAAACAUGGAACAGACUCUAACUGAAGGACGAACUGACAGACCUUCGAAGCUGUUCUCUCACUUCUCGUUCUCCUGGCUGCGACGGACAGAAAUGACCGAGCGAGGUAGUGCUGAACAGGAAUUGAAUCGUUUCUUCACUUUAUUUUCCCUACGAGGCUCUAUCCGAUCUGUUUCUCCAAACUUUUGUUCUUCCAUUUUAUUCUUCUCUUAUUCUUUCCCUUUUUGAGGUUUUCGAUAAAAAGAAAUGCCUGUAAUUUUUAUGUAAUCAUUUGUGCUUACAGUAGACAAACAGAACAUGUAUCUUUUGAUAUUUAUUUUGACAAGUAUUUGUAAUCAAUGUGAGCGCUAAUAUUGUGUGGCUUCAUAGUGCUGCAAACUGUUAAUUAUUAACCAAGGCUAGGCUAAAUUGUUUCUAUGAAAAUGAGUAGAGGCAAUCUUAGGUUUUUAUCCUAAAGGUAAGUUGAAUGCACACACGUAAUGCAUUAUGCACACAUGCACAGAUACACAGCACCGCUCAGACUAGUUGGAACUAGACUGGCCGAGGUACACAGUUCUUCUGGUGCUGUUUUCUGUUUUAUUAGUCACAUGCUUACUGUACAUUAAAAACACCGUGAAUGGAAAAAUAAUUGAGACCUAUAUGACUUGUUAAAUGACUGGAGGAAAGCAGGAACACAUAAAAAAACAAAGAUGACAGUUUCCUGAUCUGUCUGAGGCUGGAUUAAUGUCGCAGGGGCACAAAUGAAGAGCAAUUAAAGGAGCAAACAUCCAUUUUGACAUUUUAAUAGCAGGUAAAGCACAGAAGUAAUUAA